UCGUUAAAAUGAAAAAAAGGAAAACAAGAAAAAGAGUUUUUCGUAAUCAAAUUUCUCAAGAUAUUACAGCACCUGGAUUAUAUAAGAGAGGGGGAAUGACUGCGACUGGUCUUCUUUUGAGAAGUAUUUCGCCCUUGGUGUCGGGAAGAUGGCUAAGACAACACUCUUGGUAGUGCCUGUGUCUUUGCUUAUGUUGGCAAUUCAAAGUUUUUAUCCAGUUUUGUCUAUCACAACUCAGACCAUGCCGAACACUGUGCAUUAUCUUAAAGUGUUGGAGGAGAUGUUGCAAGGUCCCCUGGCAGGCUGGGGCGUCGUCCUGUACCUGGACCCUGAUCUGGAAGUCCAGGUCCUAGACCAGCUGCUUACCUUCCCAGCCUUCCAGGAUUCUCCUCAUGUCCUGGUUGACCUGGGCUCCGACGUGGAUUUGUGGUCCAAGGACCAGCCUGCCCCGGUGCUCCGUGGAGCCCGUGUCAUCCAUAUUGUUGUGUUUAAGGAAGAUCCCCGACCAUAUUUUGACACCAUCUCUCUCCAAUGGAACCCCAAAUAUCUUAUGCUCUUCAGUUUAGCCAACAAAACUUUUCAAAAUAUUCUUCUAGGUAAUGCAUUCCAAAGGAGCCAAAAUCUGGUUUUGAUUGAAAGGUUCUCACCAAGAUCCUCUGAAAUGACCCCAACAGCAAGAGUAUCUACAUCGUUUCCUUUUUCAAAAGAUGAAAAGAUGAUUCUAAUAGGAACAUGGAACUCUAGCAUUUAUUCUAAAAUAGAAAAUAUUUUCGUGGAUCGGUUUCCUUCAUUCGAGGAUUAUAAGUUUCAUCUUGCAACUUGGUUUGAUGAUAUUCCAUUUCUUUAUCAAAAGGAAAAUGCACCAGUAGGAACAGGUGAUGGCAUUACUGUCAAAAUGUUGGACACCAUCGCUGAGGUCCUCGACUUUAACUACACGUUGACAGUGGAGCCUCCAGAUGGUGCCUGGGGAUCCCUGGUCAAUGGUUCAUGGACUGGUAUGCUUGGAAUGGUUCAUCGCCAUGAGAAGAACUUUACAGUGAGUACCAUGCCUCUCACUGCAAAUCGCAUUGAAGAUUUUGACGCUGGCGUCUGGUACUGGACUGAAGGAUUUGGGUUGAAUAUGAUGACCCCAGCACCGUUGGCUAAGUGGCAAGCCACCUAUUACCCCUUUAUGCCCUCUGUAUGGAUCACAAUUGGUGCCACCUUCGCUGUGGUCGUCCUUACUAUGGCGCUACAGGACUGGAUACAGCCGGAGCCGUUCCUAGGAGGGUUUGGACGGACAUGGUUAUAUCUCCUAAGGGCGGUAGUGAAACACACCUUGCCGGGGCUGCCGACAGCUCAGUGGCAGCGUGUGUUGGUGGGCGUCUGGUGGGUCUACUGCUUCAUCCUCACCACCGCCUACACCGCCAACCUCAUCGCCUUCCUCACCAUCCCUGUGUUUCCCAAGCGCAUCCAGACAUUAGAAGAGCUGGCCCAGAGUGACUACAGGGUGUCCAUGCAUGAUUAUGGGGAAUUUGUACCAGAGGCGCUGAGAUCGUCCAAGACGCCGGUUUAUCGCACUCUUGGGGAGAAGAUGGAUCUGGUCAAGUUGUACGACGAUGCUGUGUAUCUUAUGUCGAACCGUACCCAUGCCCUCCUCGAACUAUACUCCUACAACCGCAUCGUCACAAAAUCCAUUACCAAGGUGAGCAACUCAUAUAUGUUGAAGGAUCAGUUGUAUGCUAGUUAUUUUAGUUGGCUCUUCCAGAAGAACACACCAUGGAAGUAUAAGUUCGACCUAUGCAUCCAGCACUUGGUGGAGGCCGGACUUGUCACUCGCUGGCACAAGGAAACAACAGAAGACUUCAUGGGCCAGGACUACGAGCGUCGGGAGCGUCUGGCUGCCAAGGAACAGCUCAAUAACAAGCAGCCACUGAGCCUCCAACACCUACAGGGAGUCUUCUUCAUCCUCCUCCUCAGCUGGGCAGCCAGUAUUGUUGUCUUCAUCCUAGAACUGGUGCUGCAAGUGCUGCAGUGAUCAACCUGAAGUUGCUGACGCAGUGCUACUACGUUCAUCUUAGUUACCCCAUAACUUGUGUUACAUAUUUUCCAGCACGACCUGUUGUAUAGUAACUAGGUUGGUGCAAGUGUUAAGUUGUGAAUUUAUAACAAGUAAUGUAAUAUUUUGAGGACUUGGUGUUUUAAGGAUUGUCAUCGUAUUCAGGGGGUUAAUUUGCUUCACUUUAUUUAGUAUUUGCUGGUCUUUAGAGAGCAUUAAAGGAGACCAAUUGUACCAUCACAAAGAAUAUAAUAAUGUCUUAA